UCGCCAGGUACACAACUGCUCACACACUCCUCAGCUCGCUCGCUCGUUCACUCGCACGCACGCACGUACGCACGCACGCACGAACGAACGCACGCACAGACGCACUCGCCACACCGGCAUUCAUCGACAAGUGAAGAGGACACACGAUGCGGAUUUUCUGCGCGCUUUGCGGACUGUUCUUGGCUGUAGCCAUUGUCAAUUGUAGCCCCAUUGUCAAGAGAGAAGCGGAGGGAGAAGAUGCACUGAAGGAGCUCGAUCCGUUGAACGAAGUCUACGUGGUGGAGGUCGAAGAUGAUUCAGCCGAUGGCGAGAGUAGCGGCAGAGAAAAGAGGAAGAUCGGCAUCGCGCUCGGCGUGAAGAAUGGCAUCAUUAACUUUGUGUUUGGAAAACUGGAUUCCUUCUUGGACGCGAAAACGAGGGCGCUCGUGGUACUCGACGACGCCAACCGUGCGAAAAACGCCGCUUUCGGAAUCGACCCCACCCACUCCGCCACCACGCAGUUCAUCACUAAUUUGGUGUCUCAAAAACUCAAAGCUGCGACAGGUAGCAUCGGUCCGCUCAUCAACAGUGCAACCACGCUGGUGUCAGGAAAAACGCUCGGUCUGACAAACGCGCUGGCUGCAAAAAUCGCGCCGUUGAGUUCGCUGUCUGGCGGUCUCACCGGGGGUGCAAGUGUCGGUGUCGGCGUUGGUAAUUUCAAUGAUUUUGCUCGUGGAAUAGGAGCAGGAGGUGAUCACGGCGGAGCGGCCGCAGGAUCGGCCAGCGGAUCGGCUCUUAUAGGCAAUCUCUUGACCGCGGGAAUCAACACCCUGUCGACCUUGAGUCAAAGCAGCGGCGGCACGAGCGGCGGCACUGGAAGCAGCGCCGGCGCCGGCGUCGGUGCUGGGAUUAAUCUCGGAACUUUCGCCAAUGUAGGAGGGAAUAUGGUCGGCACGGUCCCUACCACUACAGAGGAUACGGUCGUGUUCGACAGGUCGAAGGUGUCCUUGGAUAUCCCAUCGGCGGCUUUCGGUACCAGCUUUACUUUAUUGACAAACGUCAGCAAAGUUCUCAACAGCGUGAUCUUGAACUCGGCCCGGCGAACACAAACCUUCUUCGAGAUCUUCAAACCGUUCUUCCGCGGUGCUUUCGCCAUAAAAGGCCUGCCGUCGGACAAUCCGAAUUAA